UUAUAACUUCAACUUAAUAUAUAAAAAUGGGAGUACCAGCGUUUUUUCGAUGGCUGAGCAAAAAAUAUCCCUGUGUUAUUAUAGAAUGUAAUGAAAAUAAGAAAACAGAUGCGGAAACAGGCAAAGUAAUUUAUGAAGAUCCAACUCUACCUAAUCCUAACGGCGUGGAGUUCGAUAAUUUAUACCUUGAUAUGAACGGAAUUAUACAUCCUUGCACGCAUCCUGAAGACAAACCAGCGCCUAAAAAUGAAGAAGAAAUGAUGGUGGCUAUAUUUGAAUGCAUUGAUCGACUUUUUGGCAUUGUUCGACCGAGAAAAUUAUUAUAUAUGGCCAUUGAUGGAGUAGCUCCUAGGGCAAAAAUGAAUCAACAGAGAUCCCGAAGAUUUCGAGCUGCAAAGGAAACAAUUGAAAAGAGGAUAGAAAUUGAACGUAUUCGAAAUGAACUCUUAACACGAGGCUGCAAACUUCCACCGGAAAAAGAAAAAGGCACACAUUUCGACUCGAAUUGUAUAACUCCAGGAACACCUUUUAUGGAUCGACUAAGUAAAUGCUUACAUUAUUAUAUUCAUCACCGCAUUAACACCAAUCCAGCAUGGAAACGAAUACAAGUUAUUUUAUCUGACGCAAAUGUUCCUGGCGAAGGAGAGCACAAAAUCAUGGACUAUAUUCGGAAGCAACGCGCACAACCUGAUCAUGAUCCUAACACCCAUCACGUUCUUUGUGGUGCUGAUGCAGAUCUUAUAAUGCUUGGGCUUGCGACGCACGAACCAAACUUUACUAUAAUUCGCGAAGAAUUUCUUCCAAAUAAGCCACGACCUUGUGAUGUUUGUAAUCAAUUCGGCCACGAAAUGGAAAAGUGUGUUGGCCUUAGUGCAGUUGGUUCAAGUAACUGUAAUUUUACACCAGAUAUUCCAAUUGGAGCAGAAGUGAAAUUUAUAUUUGUGCGAUUAAGUGUGCUAAGAGAAUAUCUUAAAAAAACAUUGCAAAUGCCCAAUUUGCCGUUCAGCUAUGAUUUCGAAAGAGUUCUAGAUGACUGGGUAUUCAUGUGUUUUUUUGUAGGAAACGAUUUUUUACCUCAUUUACCUAGCUUAGAAAUCCGUGAAGGGGCAGUUGAUCGACUGGUUGAGCUUUACAAAAAAUGUGUUUAUAAGACUAAAGGGUAUUUAACAGAUUCAGGUGAAGUUAAUUUGGAUAGGGUGCAAUUAAUCAUGACAGACUUAGGUAAUGUUGAAGAUCAGAUAUUCAAGGACAGACAACGCAGAGAACAGCAGUACAAGGCGAGGCAAAAGCGGGAAAAUAAUAACUUUAAGGCAUUAGAACAAUCUGUAUUUGGGCCUUCGGCAGUUGGACCAGCCACUAAAGCUCAAAUUGUAUCAAACUAUAAACAAGAAGCAGCAUCCGUAAGAAUGGCAUCAAAGCGUCCCAGUACAGCACCCAAUUUGGAUGAUGACGAAGAAAACAAUGAUGAAGUGCGACUAUGGGAAGACGGUUUUAAAAACAGAUAUUAUGAGUCCAAGUUUGACGUAUCGCCCGAUAAUCUUCAAUUUCGUUAUGCUGUUGCACUACAAUAUGUUAGAGGACUGUGUUGGGUUUUAAAAUAUUAUUACCAAGGAUGUGCUUCUUGGAAUUGGUAUUUUCCUUACCAUUAUGCUCCAUUUGCCUCGGACUUUGUUAAUAUUCAAGGACUAUCAACUAUUUUCGAAAAAGGAACAAAACCGGUAAGAAAUUCAACUAAAGUUAAAAAAAAUUAAAAUUUCGAUUGAACACAUCCUUG